AAGAGUAUCUUAGUUUGGAUUCAAAUUUUGAAUCCAAUUAUAUCGAACCAGUCACGCGCGUGUCAAUACAGAGCUUAAAUCAUAUUCUAUUCUUUAAGUCGAUCUACGAUUAUCAAAAUAGUAACGAGAAUUGUUACUUAGAAAUGAAAUACCAUAUAUAUGUUAUUCUUCUUCUAUUCUACACAAUAAACGCAGAAGAUUAUGAAGAAGUCGAGGACGAUGGUGAUACAAGUUCGUCAGUUGAUUCUGAGAGUAAUGAAGUUUUUAACAAGAGUUUAUCACAAAAACCAAAACGGGAUUUUAAAGAAAUAAAUGUAACAAAACUAAAUGAAAAGCCUAUUAAACUAGAUAAUAAAAACAAUAUGAAAAAGUCAAGCUAUCCGUAUGCUGUGUCGAUACAAAGGAGGAACUCGCAUUUUGCGUCUGGAGCUCUUAUUGACUCCAAAUGGAUUUUAUCUGCAGCUGGAGAGUUUUAUAAUAUCAGAGAAGCAAUUAAACAACUCAGGGUCCGUCUCGGCACCUUUAACUUCAAGAAGGGUGGUGUUCUGAUGGCUUUGAAGGGCAUCGAAAUCCAUCCCCUUUACUCCUCUCAGCAACCAAACUAUGACAUAGCCUUACUAAGACUAGCUCAGCCAGUGACUUAUACUGCUCAAAUCAAGCCAAUACCUAUAUCGGCGGAGGCAGGAGAAGUUGUUAGUGGAAAAUUCAUCGCGACUUAUUGGCCGAGGCUUAUUGUAAAUGGUCAAGUUUUAUCAGCAUCAGCUAAAGAGAGGGUGAAAUAUAAUAGCAUGCGUGUGUCCACACAAAAGUUGAUCCCCUGGGCCAAAUGUCUCAAACAAAUGAAGCAUUUGAAUAAAACACUGGACCAAUCUACGUUGUGUUUAAACCCAAUUGUCAGCCUUCAUAGUCCUUGCAUGCCGGAUGUAGGCGCACCAAUAAUAGCCGACAACCUUCUCUGGGGAAUAACUUCGGGUUGGCUUUCUGACUCAUGCGCUAGUGAAUCCAGUCCUACACUCUUCACGAGGCUUUCCGAUGAAAAUGUGAAGUUCUGGCUCAACUCAAUACGAGAUAUAGCUAUUUAGUAUUACGAUCGUUUACUUUAGGAUAACAAUUUCGAAGCUACCACGAAUAUAAAUUGAAUGUGUCAUAAUUAUCACACAAAAUGCUUUAAGUAUUACAAAAUGGCUAACAAUUAUGCACUUUUAGUAGCAAUACUAGGUAAUAAACGUCACUGUAUCUCAUUACAUUUAACAAGGAGAUUUUUAAUAAAAACCUUUUUAACGGAUAUCAAUUUAACUAAUGUCAUUGUAGAUGUAUAUGUCAGAUAUCUUAAUGAACGGAACUUUUUGUUUUUAAGCAAACCAUUUCUUAACGGAUGAUUUUCCCGGUGCAGAUUCCGUAUAAUGUUUUAAGCUAAGCCUUGGCAUCAAUUGUAUUUUAUUCACUAAAAGCAAUGCACAAGACACACGAAAUUCCGUUUUAUCAAUUUUUUUAAACAAACAUGAUUUGUUUUCUCAAAAUACUAUGUAACAUAACAAUAAUAGGAGAGUUGUCAAAUGUAUACACCUGAAUUCAUAUUAUUUUAAUACUAGUAGCGCCAUCUAUGUGUCCGCCUACGAACUUUUCAGCCCACCUAUUACAGUAUUAUCUAGGGUUAAGGAAUGAUAAUGUUUUCUACUUGUAUGUUAAACUUAUUUUGUAUUUUUAUAUUCAAUCACAAUCCGAACAUUCAUAUAAGUAGUAUAGUAAAAUCACAAUGACGUAGCAUCAGCAGGCAAAAUAGGAGCACGCGUUUACGUUUUAGUGAGAUCAAGACCUAAACUCGAUCAAGGCUAAAACGUGUUCAAAUUAAUAACGUCAUACACGACUUGUAACAUCACAUUGUUUUAAUAAAACAAAUUUUCGUGUAUUUUUAAAUAUUUCUUUUAUAUUAAGAAUACUUAUGUAAAUAAAGUUUCUACUUUUGUAAA